AUGCAGGGUCGUUUGUCUGCUUGGCUAGUCAAACACGGGUUAGUUCAUAGAUCCUUGGGUUUUGAUUACCAAGGAAUAGAGACUUUACAAAUAAAGCCCGAAGAUUGGCAUUCCAUUGCUGUUAUUUUAUAUGUAUAUGGUUACAAUUAUUUACGUUCUCAAUGUGCUUAUGAUGUAGCACCGGGCGGGCUGUUAGCUAGUGUGUAUCAUCUUACGAGAAUAGAGUACGGCGUGGAUCAACCGGAAGAGGUAUGCAUAAAAGUAUUUGCUCCAAGGCGGAAUCCUAGAAUUCCAUCCGUUUUCUGGGUUUGGAAAAGCGCGGAUUUUCAAGAACGGGAAUCUUAUGAUAUGUUUGGAAUCUCUUAUGAUAAUCAUCCACGCCUGAAACGUAUUUUAAUGCCCGAAAGUUGGAUAGGAUGGCCCUUACGUAAGGAUUAUAUUGUCCCGAAUUUUUAUGAAAUACAAGAUGCUUAUUGA